AUGAAUAUAAAAGAAGAUGUCCUGAAAAAGGUGCUCCCAGAGUAUCCAAUCGAGUCAACAAUAUAUGGGAAUGUCCAUGUUGUCCUUAUGGAAAAGGUCAAACGUUACCGGUAUUCACUCAUCGAGGAUCUUAUACUUCACGUCAAGACUGCAAUGAAUGUAGCAGAUGGAUCUGGUAUUCGUUACAGCAAGACCUUAGAUGGCCUUGGAGAUAUGUUUCGUACUCGGUAUACGGCUGCGAAUUUUUUGGAGGCAUUUCGAUUCAUACACCAUUAUAUCGACCUUGAGAAAAGCAGCGACCUCGCCCAGUACUAUGUCAAGGAACUUUACAUCAACGCUUGUGCCCGGACGAAAUUGAUGAUGGACUGGAAAUCUGACCCUAAUCGAAAGGCUGUUAGCUACACUCCUGAGAAAGCUUUACGGAUUUCCUCCAACGCUUUCCCUUGA